AUACCUCACAGCGGUUUUAGUAAUUUUCAAGAUGGCGGACAAGCUUGUGUUUCGACGACUGGUAAAAAAAUCUUAGGAAAUCAAGACAUCAGGAAACUUCAGGAAUAAGACAAUGGAAGCAGACUUAUGUAAUGCCCCUAAAGUCGAAGAAGACUUCUCCACGAACGUGAAGGCGAUAGCAGAAUCGCUGUACGAACUGAACUUGUGCGUGCGCUGCAUUUUGCGCUUUCUCAAAGAAAAGACGCCGUCUGCGUACGAGGGAAAUAAUUCAUCCAUUGCUAAGUAUAUAGAAGAGGAAUAUGGACUUGAAUACAUUCUGAAAGAACAGGAUACUGAACACAACAAUUAUGACACAAUCUGUAAAGGGUGUCUAGGAAUACUCCAAAAUGGAUGUGAUACCCCUAUUGUCAACAAGAUAGUAGACACUGUCCAGAGCUCAGGGUAUGAGUUUGAGAGCUUCACAUUUGCUAUCUCUAUUCCUCUUUCCACUAUGGCCUAUCAGCACUCAUUACUACUUCAUUUAAAAGAAAAAUUCAGCAAGUUUUAUGAUGCUGUACGUACAGCUGAUGACCUGCCGUCAAUCAAAGAGGUCAUUAAGUGGGUUUGUGGGCCAGCAGUUGGCAAUGCACUUGGUGUUUAUUUUAAACAUGAGAGUCCAUUUAAAAUUUCAAUAUCAUUCCAUAGUGAGGGUGCUGAAAAAUCUUUAGAUUUCCUAUCUGAGGUCGAUCCAUCAAGAUUCACAGAAAAGAAGAAGAAAAAGCGUGCUCCAGAAGUUCCUCUCUACUCAAUAUCAUCAAUAAAGAAAGCUCUGGCAGUGUUGUCCUCUGCUGAAGAAAUGAGAAGGUUUACUUCUUGUCCACCUGAUGUGCCUGUUGCUCAGUGUGUCUGCCAGCAGAUUGUAUGUUCUCAUGGCUCAUUGCUUAUUGGAGGCCGCUACAAUAAGUAUUCAAGAUGUCUACCACAGACUCCUUGGUUAAUUGACGGGGAACGACUCAAAGAAUCGUCAGUGCAGGAAAAGAUCAUUAAUAUUAUUGGACCCCCAAUUCAAGCGGAUGAUUGUCGAUUCUCCUCUUCUGGUCGUGAGGACAUUGAUGUUAGGAUGCUUGGAACAGGUCGUCCAUUUGUGUUAGAGUUUGUGAAUCCUCAUAGAACACUUCUAGACGAGGAUUUCCUCUCGGAUAUGCAAAAGCAAAUUAACUCCUCGACUAAAGAAAUCGCAGUCAGUGGCCUCCAAGUCAUCACAAAAGGGGAAUACAGUAUUUUAAAAGACGGGGAGACAAAGAAAACUAAGUGCUACAGUGCACUAAUCUGGACGAAAGAGCUGGUUCCGCAGACGGAGCUUGACAAGCUAGCUGAUAUCAAGGAUCUUAGGAUUGAACAGAAAACUCCCCUUAGAGUAUUACACAGACGGCCUCUUGCAGUUCGUGUGAGGGAGGUUCAUACGAUGUCUGCCCAACGUAUUGAUGAUCAUCACUUCAAACUCUUCCUCAAGACAAUGGCUGGGACUUAUGUCAAGGAGUUUGUUCAUGGGGACUUUGGCCGGACGAAACCGAAUUUGGGGACGCUACUCGGAGUGGAAUCGGACAUACUGGAACUUGACGUGGAGGUAAGUCGGUAGAUGUUGAAUGGCCACCCGUACGCAAGUGAACUACGAAGCAAAGUGUUAAGAUGUCUAUUCCUGCGCAAGUGCACCACGAAGCGAAGAGUUAAGGCGACAACUCAAUUUGCUCAAAACAAGCAGUCUGCAGCAGUCUGACAAGCUAUUUCCGGACUUUAACGCUUACUGUCGAAUCCGUUGUAUCGCGUAUUUUCAAAACAACGAUUUGUUUUUUUUUUCUUUUGGUAUUUUCUGUUCCGCCAAUCAGAUUCUUGCCAUCUCUCGCCUAGUACAGCGCCUGGCUUUCUGUCGCGACACUGUCUGGUUUUCGUCCAGAGGAUGGCCAGGGAAGUUCACAAAGCGAGACUCUGAUUGGCUCAGAAUGGUUUUACUGACGGAACAGAAAAUCAAAACAUGCGGGUCGCGAUACAACGGAUUUAACAGAAAAAAACCCCGAGAAACACAAUGCCAAGGCGUUUCACCAAAUAGUUUGAAGGAAGAAAUGUAGUAAAUGAUGUCUCGUUCGAAAAAUCAUAGGCAAUACCUUCUUCUUUAAAACUGUCUGAUCUGCUUUUACCAGUAAACAUCUUUAAUAAGUAAACAAGUUUGUUCUUAAACUUUAUUACAAAACAACUAGAAAAAUACUUCGCUCAGACGUGCUUUACAUCGAUUCAAAAUAAAUAGUGAAAUUCAAAACA